AUGAGCACGGACGGGCGGUGGUGCUACAUCAUGCUCUGGGUGCUGCCACGCGGGGGCCGGCCCGUGGCCGUGCCAUGGGACCUCCUCAAGGACAGGUUGCUUCAGCUCUCCCCCGUCACGCCGCCGUUCGGAUUCGACAACGCGUACCUCGCGGCGGCUGGCCUACAGGACGCUGCGCCUCCCUCACCACAGCUCUUCUUGCUGAAGCUAUACUGCUUCGACCGGAUGGGGCUCUUGCAUGGUAACACCUCCACACCAUCUCCUGCUAUUACUCUGUUCUAUGCAAACUUGCAAAGUGCUAGCUAG